GGUGACAGUAUGAAAAAAAAAAAAUAUAUAUAUAUAUAUAUUUUUUUUUUUUUAUUUUUUUUUUUUUGUUUUUUAAGAUUUUUUUCAUAUUUUACUAUAACCAAAGUAAUUUAUGAAGAAAGAUUAUAUAUUUGCAACACAAAAACACUUUUUUCAAAAUGUUUGGACUUCCAGUGGUGAAUAAAUACCACCAAAAUAAAGUUUUAUCUGUCUCAAAAAAAUGCUAAAAAAUUCAUAUGGGUACAGUGUUGCAUGACCGCGCAAUUGUCAUUCAAAGUGUGAUAGCACUGAAAGCUGAAAAUUGGCCUGGACAGGAAGGGGAUGAAAGUGUCCGGACUUGAAGUG